GGCCGGCGGGGCAUGGCGGGCCAGGCGCUGCCCGCGCUGCUGCUGCUGCUGGCGGCGGGCGCGCUGGGCAAGCCCAUGGCGCGGCAGGAGCGGGCCCGGCCCGGGGCCGCGCAGCACGACGACCGGCCCGGCUUCCAGUACGACCACGAGGCCUUCCUGGGCAAGGAGGAGGCGCGGAGCUUCGACCAGCUCAGCCCGGAGGAGAGCCGGGAGCGCCUGGGGAAGAUUGUGGAUAGAAUAGAUGACAACAAAGACGGCUAUAUCACAACAGAGGAAUUAAAAACCUGGAUUAAACGAGUACAGAAACGCUACAUCUAUGAAAAUGUGGCUAAAGUUUGGAAAGAUUAUGAUCUAAACAAGGAUGAUAAAAUUGCCUGGGAAGAAUACAAACAAGCCACAUAUGGUUAUUAUCUAGAAAAUCCAGAAGAAUUCCAAGAUGCAACUGAUCAGCACAGUUUUAAGAAAAUGCUGCCCAGAGAUGAGAGACGAUUCAAAACUGCAGAUCUGGAUGGAGACUUGGCUGCCACUCGUGAAGAGUUCACUGCUUUCCUGCACCCAGAGGAGUUUGAGCACAUGAAAAACAUUGUUGUCUUAGAAACCUUAGAAGAUAUAGACAAAAACGAGGAUGGUUUUGUGGAUCAAGAUGAAUACAUUGCUGAUAUGUUUGCAAAUGAAGAGGGUGGACCAGAGCCCGACUGGGUGGUUACAGAGCGUGAGCAGUUUUCAGAUUUUCGUGAUCUCAACAAGGAUGGAAAGAUGGACAAAGAUGAGAUCCAGCACUGGAUCCUCCCCCAGGACUAUGACCAUGCCCUAGCUGAAGCCAGGCACUUAGUCUACGAAUCUGAUGUGGACAAGGAUGAAAAACUAACAAAAGAGGAAGUUCUAAACAACUGGAAUAUGUUUGUUGGAAGUCAAGCUACUAAUUAUGGGGAGGACCUCACGAGAAACCAUGAUGAACUAUGAUACAGUGUCCCAACCAGUGUACCACACAUCUUUCCUCCACUUUACUGAAAUCACCAUGUCCAUCCCCUCCUGGAGGGAAGAUGGGCAAGGGACACUCACAACUGAAUGACUUACAUUAAUAUUAUUUUUAACAUGCCAGCUUAUUACCUCAGAAACCACGUAGAAAUAGCUUUUUUACUCCUUUCACAUGGUUAAAUACAGUAUGUAGUUACUACAGUUUUAUUUUUGAAAAAAUAAGAAGAUAAAUUUUCUGAAUAGGUUAGAGCCUGACAUGGAAAAGGAACUUCUAAAAACAUUGCAAAGACCUUUUAUAGCCAAGUAUUUUCUUCAAAUACCCACUUUCACCACAGUGAAAUGCAGCUAGGAUUAGAACCCUAAUGUCUAAACAGAUUUAAGUUAUUUAGUUGUCUUUUCUAAUAGCAUGUAACAGUUUAGAGGUAACCCUUUGAGCCUCCCACCCAGAGAAGAGUUUGAUACCAGCUUUGUCUCCAGGCAGUUCCUGUGUGCCAGUUGGGCCAGUGCUGCUGCAGGAGUGUCCAGCAGCCCCCCAGCUCCUGCUUCAGUGUGCAGAUGCACAGGUGGCCCUUGUCCCUGACCCCAGCAUUCCCAGCCAGGGGUGCAGAGCCCAGCCUGGCAGCUGCUCCUUCCACAACAGGGUAAUGUACAACUGUUUGUGGGCCCUUGGCCCUGCUGCUUCCUGGGAGGAACUGUGCCACAUGGAGCAUAAUUUAUCUCCUGCUUUUCACACUUCAGCCCAGCCCUACUCUUGUUCACGCAGUGUGAAUGGCAGCAGCUCUGUGAUGGAGAAAGAAUGAGACAUAUCACCCCUCUGGGCCUUCUGCCUCCUCUGCCACUAAGAGGAGUGGCAAGAUUCUUGUGCCUGAAGUUCUGGGUUUGUGUGUAUAUAUACCUUUAAGUACAUGUUACUGAAGCAACUCUAAAGACAGCUCUCCUUCCAAAAAAUGGGGGAAGCUUUCCACACAGGUGCUUUCUUUUUUACUGUAUAAUGUGAGUUGUUACAUGUAUAUUUUUAUAUAACCAACUUCUCUAAGUUUGGUUGCUUUUAACUGUACUGGUUUUAAAAUAAGCACAAUAAAACCAAUACUUCUUUUUGA